AGUCAAUAUUUUGUCAAAGGAAGGAGUGAUUUCUCGUAUUUAUCGUAAAAACGCACGUUAAAUUGGAAAUCCAGAAUAAAACACAUAUUUUAUAGCACGUUUAUUCUUUACAAAACCGAUAUAAAGACUCAUAUUUCCUUGAAACAAUUUUAGCAGUUAGUUUUUAUGCAUUUGUUCCCAGCCCUCCAUACAAUUUCAAUAUUUGUAAUUUACUGCUUAUGAAGACUAUUAACACUAUAUAAACAUGAGCUGUUGGAGAUAAGACUCAGAAGGUCGUCGUAUAAGUGUAGUUCGCAGUGUAACAUUCUCUUUCGACCGUCCCAAGGUUCGGUCGUCUCUUGGGUGGCAAGACCUAAGAUUUAUGUACUCAAUUAUUCGCGACUCUGUGCCAAUGGAAUACGACAAUGAUGAGAACACAUGGCGUCGUCACUCAACGCCGAAGGUGGAGCGGUCUACAUGCCACCAAAUACCAAAGAGGUCAACAACUGUUGCUGUGGUAGUCCUUGGGCUAGCAGUGCUCAGCUGCUUACUUGGGUACUGUGUGCUCAGCGAGACACUACCUUACGAGUCUAAAACGUUGCGGCUUGUUAUUAUUCUGUUCCGACAUGGAGCCAGAACUCCAGUGGAGAGUUACAACAGUGACCCAUACAAAAACUAUCAAUGGCCUGAUGGACUAGGUGGCUUAACUAAUGCUGGCAAACUACAAUUGUAUGAGCUGGGCAAAAAGUACAGAAGUUACUAUGCAAACUUUAUUCCCGAAGAGUACUGUGACAAAGAUGUGUUCAUACGCAGCAGUGACAAGUCUCGUUGUCUGAUGAGUGCGUACACAUUCCUGGCUGGACUGUACCCACCUACGGAGCGGCAGCUGUGGCACCCAGAACUACCGUGGCAACCAGUUCCUGUUCACUCUCUACCCAGAGAAUUAGAUAAUAUAGUUGCAGCAACGAAACCUUGUAAAGUAUGGAAGGCCAUGUACCAAGAGCAACUGGCUGAAAAGAAUGCUGAUCCAAAGUUCACAGAAUUAUUUGAUUAUUUGAGCAAACAUACCAAUCAGAGUAUGCGCAGUAUAUUGCCUGUUGAUUUCUUGUAUAGUACACUCCUGUCGGAACAAGAGGCUGGGUUGAAGCUUCCUGAGUGGACGAGAACCGUGUUCCCCAGUAAAAUGAAAACUCCGUUUAUGUUGAGCUUGGCUUUGCUGUCCUACAAUGAGAGUUUGCAGAGGUUACAAAUCGGACCACUCUUAAAAGAAAUGAAGCUGUAUUUGGACGAGGCAGUUCGCCACGAGAACGUGGAUCGCACUCUAUACGUGUACUCCGGACAUGACGUCACUGUGGUGUCACUCUGGCGUGCUUUGGGGUUCGAUGACCUUUUAGCACCAGAUUAUGGCGCAAGCAUUGUCCUGGAACUGCAUGAAGAUAUUGAACAGGAGUCUUUCUUCGUGAAGACAUUCUAUCGCAACAACACGAAGGUGGAAGUUCCUUUGGAGCUGAAGUUACCAUUCUGUGACGACCCUUGUACAUACACCCAGUUCACGGAACACAUCACCAAGCUGAUACCGGAAGACUGGGAGGCAGAGUGUGGCAACACAAACCAGUAACCAUAUAUUUUAUUACGCCUAAGAUAUUGAUUACAAGUCUGCCAACAGUCCAGUUGCUAGUUUACUAAGAAGAGCCCCAAAAUAUCGAAUGUAUUUAUUAAGUUUUUUUAAGUAAUUUAGAGAUUAAGAUGAGCCGUUCUCAACAGAGUUGGGAGAAACUUAGUUGAUUAUUAUUUAUUAUGUUUUUCGGCUUACUCACGUAAUUAUUUGACGAGGAAUUCGAUUAAUUUUUUGCAUCAAAUCAUUAAACGAGUAAGCCGAAAAUCACUAUAAUUAAUUCAGUAUGUCUCACGAAAGUAACAAUAUGAAUUUAGUUGAUGAUGUUUAUGGAAUGCUUGUGGAGUCAGUACUCAGACGUAAAUACAUCACAAGCUGUUAACGAAAUCUGUGAUUAUUAUAUGAUUAUUUUUUAUGUAACAAAGGUGCUGUUGAAUGCAGUAAUUUCUGCCAUUUGUGAAUCAAAUAGAUUUAGACUUAUUUUAGUUAAAACAAAAAAUGUAAGUCACAAUACAGAUAAUGUUUGCCAAAUUUUAGAACCACGAGUUAUUAUUACAGCUGUUUUUUCGCCACCGCAAGAAUUAAACAAAGAUAUUUAUUAAGUAUGCCAAGUUGAAUGGAAUGGGUGUUCUUUGAGUAAUUUACAUUGUGUGAUAUAACAAUGUUCAAUGUUGCCAAAUUGAGCCUUUAGAGAUGAUUAAAGUACUAUUAAUAUUGUCAUUAAGAAUUGAUAAGUUGGGCGGCGUAAAUGGCUCGUAGGUGUCGUGUGUGGCUAUGGGUGAGACUACAAUACUUUGUUGGAACGAUGAAGCCAUACAAAAAUUAUCGUGGAUUCUGAUUUUUUAUUUGUAAUUUUUAACGUCUUAGUCUAAUAUGAUGUAAAAUGAUCAUUUUAUGUUGCGUGGUUGAGUCAUCGCAUCGCAUUACUAUGCGACGUAACUUCAUCAACGCGGUAUGUCGUGGUCUCGCCCUACAAUGUUAUUAAGCUAGAAUUUUAUGCCUCGAUACUAUUUAUUAUUAUUCUUUUUUUGUACAUAAAUAUUAUACUCAAGGUACACGUGCGUACAUUAUAAUUAUAUAGGUGGUAAUACUAUGUACGUCAACGUGUAAUGUACAGUUAAUAAAACAAAAGGAGAACGGCAGAUUUCGUACCGCUUUGCUAAAAAAAGAUUUGUCAUUGUUUUGC